UCGCAUGCGCAGUUAAACCAUGUUGCUAAUGUGCAGGAGUAUGUGGCUGUGGUUCAGCGUGCAAAUGUUUUGAUUCACUUAAGUGAUAAAAGAACACCAGACAAAAUGAAAACUAGAUUCAAUACAGUGGAUAUUAGGGCAGUCAUUGCCGAAAUCAAUGCCAACUACAUUGGGAUGAGAGUGUACAAUGUAUAUGACAUCGACAACAAGACAUAUCUCAUUCGACUGCAAAAACCUGACACUAAAGCAGUGCUGCUGAUUGAGUCUGGAAUCCGAAUCCACUCUACAGAGUUUGAGUGGCCUAAAAAUAAUAUGCCAUCAGGUUUUGCUAUGAAAUGUCGAAAACAUUUAAAAUCCAGAAGGUUGGUGUCAGUCAGGCAGCUGGGGGCUGACAGGAUUGUGGACUUCCAGUUUGGAUCAGAUGAAGCUGCAUACCAUCUGAUUGUGGAGCUUUAUGAUAGGGGUAACAUCAUCCUGGCCGACCACGAGUACACUAUCCUGAACCUGUUGCGGUUCCGCACGGACGAGGUGGAGGAUGUGAAGAUCGCUGUGAGGGAGAGGUACCCGGUCGAGAACGCCAAGCCCCCAGAGCCGCUCAUUAGCCUGGAGAGGCUCACAGACAUUCUCUCCAAAGCUCCAAAUGGAGAUCAAGUGAAAAGAGUGCUUAAUCCUCACCUUCCUUAUGGAGCCACUCUGAUUGAGCACUGUCUAAUGGAGGUUGGACUCUCAGGCCUCAUGAAAGUAGACAGCCAGUUUGAUGUCACACAAGAUACUCUUAAGGUUCUGGAAGCUCUGAAGAUGGCGGAGCUAUACAUGGAGAAAGCCGCCACCUUCAGUGAAAUGGGUUACAUUAUUCAGAAAUGUGAGAAGAAACCAAGUUUAGUUCCAGAUAAGCCAGCUGAAGAAUUGCUGACGUAUGAGGAAUUCCACCCUUUCCUGUUUGCCCAAAAUGCAAAAAGUCCCCAUGUUGAGUUUGCCUCUUUCAAUAAGUCAGUGGAUGAGUUCUUUUCAAAGAUGGAGAGUCAAAAGAUCGAUGUCAAAGCUCUGCACCAGGAGAAACAGGCUCUCAAGAAAUUGGACAACGUUAAAAGGGACCAUGAACAUCGUCUGGAAGCCUUGCAUCAGGCUCAAGAGGUGGACCGGCUGAAGGGUGAGCUGGUGGAGAUGAACCUGCCAAUGGUGGAGCGGGCACUGCAGGUGGUGAGGAGUGCUCUGGCCAAUCAGGUGGACUGGGCCGAGAUCGGCCUCAUCGUCAAGGAGGCCCAGGCAGCCGGCGACCCCGUGGCCAGCGCCAUCAAGGAGCUAAAACUGCAGACCAAUCACAUCACUAUGCUGCUCAAAAACCCAUACGUCGGCCCAGAGGGUGGGGACGAGCAGCAGGAGGAGGAGGCAGAGGUGGUGGUGGUUGAAACGCAGAAGGGGAAAAAGAACAAGAGGAAGGACAAAGAGCAGAAGGGCAAGCUUCAGAAGAACAAACCCAUGCUUGUGGAUGUGGAUCUCAGCCUCUCUGCAUAUGCCAACGCUAAGAAGUAUUAUGACCACAAGCGCAAUGCUGCAAAAAAGGAACAGAAAACAGUUGAGGCUGCGCAUAAGGCUUUCAAGUCUGCAGAAAAAAAGACAAAACAGACCCUCAAGGAUGUUCAAACUGUUACCAAUAUUCAGAAGGCCAGGAAGGUGUAUUGGUUUGAGAAGUUCCUGUGGUUCAUCAGUUCUGAAAAUUACCUGAUCAUCGCGGGGCGAGACCAACAGCAGAACGAGAUGAUAGUCAAACGCUACCUGAGAGCAGGGGACAUCUACGUCCACGCUGACCUUCAUGGAGCUACCAGCUGUGUCAUCAAGAAUCCCUCAGGUGUGACCAUCCCCCCACGCACACUCACGGAAGCGGGCACCAUGUCUGUGUGUUACAGCGCCGCCUGGGAUGCCAAGGUGGUCACCAGUGCCUGGUGGGUCCACCACCAUCAGGUCUCAAAGACUGCACCGACUGGAGAGUAUCUCACCACGGGAAGUUUCAUGAUCAGAGGAAAGAAAAACUUCCUGCCCCCAUCCUACCUAAUAAUGGGCUUUGGCUUCCUCUUCAAGGUGGAUGAGGAGAGCGUGUUAAGGCACAAGGGGGAGAGGAAGGUGAAGACCCUCGAGGAGGAAAUGGAUGAUGUGGCCACCAGUACUGCAGACCUGCUGGAGGAGGGAGAGGAGCUUGUGGGAGACAGUGGUGAUGAUGGGGAGGCAGAGGGAGAUGAACAGGGCAGCAGUGAGAGGAAGAUGGAAGGAGCGACAGCAACGGGGGCCCAGACGGCAACAGCGGGGGAGGAGGAGGAUGAUGAUGAUGAUGAGGGGGAAGAAGAGAGCAAAGAUCUAGUACCACUGCCCGAGGAGCCAGAAGAGGACCUGGAUGAGAGGGACCAACCAAAGGAGACCGCGGAGGAAGAGGAGAGUGAAGAUGUUGCUUUCCCUGACACCACCAUAUCUCUCUCCCACUUACAUUCCAACAGAGUGGCUCAAGCUGCUGGGUUUAAACAAGAGGCCUCUAACCAGGUGGAUGCUGAUGGACAGGGAACAAAACACGUGACUGCCAAGCAGAGAAGGGAUGUCAAGAAGAAGAAGCAAAAGCAGGAUGAUGUGGAUGACCAAGAGGAGCCAGAGACCAAUAAAGAGGCAGAGAGUAUCCAGAGCAGCAGCAGCAGCAGCAGCAAGGGACAACAGCAGCCCACACAGCCCCCUCUGAAGAGAGGCCAGAAGAACAAGCUGAAGAAGAUCAAGGAUAAGUACAAAGACCAGGACGAGGAGGACCGCGAGCUGAUGAUGAAACUGCUAGGGUCUGCUGGGGUAAAAGAGGAGAAAGUGAAGAAGGGAAAGAAGGGGAAAGGUAAAGACGAGAGCGUGAGGAAGGGGCCCCCGAAAGCACCGCAGAAGCCCCGGCCACAAGAGGUCGCCGUGAAGAGGCCAGAGCAGCCGGCCAGUGAGGACGCCGAGGCAGGGGCCGAGGGGGCGGCGGCCACAGAACAAGAUGACAAGGAAGCAGAUGAACUGGAUCCAGAUAAUCCUGGAGCGGAGGAAGCAGAGAACCUGCUGACCUCUCUUACUGGCCAGCCCCAUCCUGAAGACGUGCUCCUCUUCGCAGUGCCUGUGUGUGCACCUUACACUUGCCUCACCAACUACAAGCAUAAGGUGAAGCUGACCCCUGGCGCUCAGAAGAAAGGAAAAGCGGCCCGGACGGCUGUGUUCAGCUUCAUGCGUGCCAAGGAGGCGACAACUCGAGAGAAAGACCUUUUCCGCAGCGUGAAGGACACGGACCUUUCCAGGAAUAUUCCGGGUAAAGUGAAGGUCUCGGCUCCAAACAUAUUGGCAGCCAAGAAGAAAUGAGCCUGCUGUGGGUGUCUGGUAUGAGUAGAGGGUUUUAAGCCUCAUCUGUAUAUACGGUAACAUGCCUGGGAAAGUACAGACAACAGCUAUGAAAACAGCUAUCACCCUUACUGCCUGGUGUGGAUUAGACCUAAUCCAUGCUUAUCACUGCUCACAGAAAGAGUGGACAUUCUUAGGAGAUUGAGGACCUCAGGACUAGAUUAUGGAAUUCUGCUUCACCAGCACAUUGAGAAACACAGUUGCCAUGGCAUUGCAGUGUGAGGAAAGUGAAUAUAUUUCUUUUGCAUUCAUUGUUUGCAUUUCUUGUGUGAAGUAAUUGUCUCGCUUCCAAUUCAGACAAAACAACAACCAAAAGAUGUUGAUGCAUUUUUGUUCAAGUUUAUUAUAUCUCCAUUCAAAUUAAACGAUUUUAAACAAA